UUCAAAAGGUCAUGGUAACACAUUUAAUUCAAUCGAAUGAAUUUCAAUUACAAGGAAGUAUUUCAAAUAAACCCAUAAAUUUAACUCCAAUAUACGCAAUAAGCUAAAUAAUGACGAAUCUACUGUGUAAUAUAUUGCGUGCUACUUUUAUUGUUCCUUUUUCUGCUGGUCUUAUUAAGGAGCGAAGAAAUGGAGGUUUUUCAGUACAUGAUGGCAGUAUUGCAGGCGUAGUUCUUUUGACCACAGCCAUGAUUAUUAUCUUUGAAAUUAUAGUUGUACUACCAGUGAAACAGUCUCGAUUGCUGAUGGUAGGGCUUGCAGGUCUGGCGUUAAUCUGUCUGGCAUUGUGUAGUAUUGUCGCUCGAUGCCGUUCUAACUGGCUGGAAGUAAAGACUGUGAAACCGAGCGAUCAAUUGAAACUAAAAUUUCUAUGGCUAUUUUGUAUCGGAAAUAUAACGUACCAAGCAUUACAACUAGCAAUGCAUCUCGUUUGUAAGAUCUACAACCUUCAAGUCACAUUGUUUUGGACAUUUACCUGGACAUUUCAGAUAUGUCAAACUGCGUUCAUUCACUAUUUUUCUAGAUUUAGAUUUGCAAAUGCUCUGUGUUUGUAUUACGGGUUGUUGGUUCUCUGUGUGACAAAUAUUUCAAUGUGGACACAGCAAACGUUCUAUACGAACAGAAUUAGACACGAGAUAAAUAUUAGCAACAUUAUUAAUAAUACAACCUCGAACUGUUUUUAUGCUGAUGGACUUGCAACAGCAAUUGCAUACUUGAAUCCAUACCUACAACCUGUACUUCUAGAAUAUUCUCUUUUAAGUCUGAUAUUUCUUUCUGAAAUGUGGCCAAAAAAGAAGGUCGAAUUUGAGACAUCCAACAAUUUUCUUUCAAGAGACAUAGACGAUGAAAACCAGACAUUACUAGUACAAAAUGAUGAUCUAGAUAGUGAACAACAUCCACUUCUGCCGCGCAGUAAUGUCUGGAAUAAAAAUUCAGUAUGCGUCCUGGUGAUAGGAUUUCUUUAUAACUUCUUAUUUAUGAUCAUUCAAUGUAUAUACAUAUAUAGACCUAGGGAAACAAUGACAGAUUACAGGACGGUUUCCUAUAUUAUCUUCUUUUGUGCUAAUUUAGUACGAACGCCGCUUAUAAUCAAGUGCUUCUAUGCAUUAAACGGACAAUUAAGACCAAAACAGGAAAGUAAUAGUGGGAUGAGUUUAGAUCAGUUUGUUAUAAUAACAAGUUCGUUUGCGACUUGUGGAUACUAUAUUUCAGAUUGGUUCAGUGAGUCACCAUCAAAUACAGAUUCAGGAGACAUUCUGUUUAAAGUUAAUGCCUUCUUUCGUAUUAUUGCUACGCUUUUUCAAACAUUAUUCAUUUUGCAAAUGAAACAUUACAAAAAGAUAGGAGACCAAAAGCCUUUUUGUUCUAUACAAAAUACUUUUUUGUUUGUAUCAUUGGUUAAUCUUGGAAUAUGGAUGUCAUACACUUUUGUAAAUCCCAGAUAUCGUCUGACACCAUCUAGUUUUUUACUAGAAAGUUUUUGGUUUCCAUUUGUUUUAUUCUAUCACUUCGAAUGUUUUGUCGCAUUUUACAAAUUUUUUCGAGCAUGAUUUUAUUAUGUAUUCGACAUAGGACAAAACCAAAUAUCUGCAAGUGACUGUAUAUCCUCCUUUGGUUCUAAUCGAAUGUAAUAACCCUAAGUAUUAUUUUUUCAUCAUUUUUUCUACACUAAAUUAUUUUAAUUUAUUUUUUAAUUUAUUUUUAUAAAAACAUUUAUAACUUUUCCCUUGGUUAAGUCCAGUAAGAUUGCCAUUUGACCCAGGACAAAUUGCAACAGAAAAAACAAAUUUUCACCUUCCAUCACAGUACAAAGAAAUUCUGCUUUUCAUUAUAUAUUUUUUUACGAAAGUUUACUAUCAAUAUAUUUUAAACAGAAAACUCAUUUGUUUUGAUGAGAAAGGAAUAGUCAGUAUACAAAUUUCAACUUGUGUCAAUGGAUUGUUUUGUCAAUGAAAAUAUGGAUUGUUUCAUGUUUCGAUAAUUCUGAAUAGGACAAGUAUUAGCUUUCAAAAAUGUUUGUCUGAUUUGAGUAUCUAUUAGAUGUGAACAGAAGUAUAUUCUGAGAUACGAGACAAGUAUUUGUAUAGAUUUAGGACUUCAUUUAAUGCAGAUUAAUAAAGUGUAGGAAAAUUAUAAAUACGAUGUUUUAUCAUUGGUAAUAUACUGUUUCAACAGAUGCAUGUGAAUGUAUUUGAUUUUCUGGGAUUUAAGCUUAUUAUUUAUUAUUCUUAUACAGUGGGAAAUGUAGUGAAUAAACGGAAUAACGUUCAAAUAAAAAGUUAAACUUGAAAUAAUUUAAAAUAAAAAUAAAACUUCAACUCAAUUUUAUUAUUUUCCUUCUGAUGUAAUAAUUAAACGACGAGUACAUCAAUCUUUAGAGUGGAGUAAACAUAUUUCUAUGAGAAUAAAUUCCUAGAGUACCAACUUCAAUUUUAUUUUCACUAUCUGUAUACCUUUCUGGAGCAGGCUUAAUUUUCGUAUAUAUAUAUACAGAUGGAUCAGAAAAAAUCAUGUUAUGCAGCAAAAAUUGUCACUUUUGAAAUGUACAAUUAUUAUUUAAAAAUAACUUUUGACCUAUAUCGUCACCGGUCUUGUUUUUGUUGUUGACUUUUUCGGCUCUAUCAUAAGAAAAGUGAAUUUGCUUUUGUUUUUGUUUACUGGAUAUCCCACUGUAUAGAUGACUUUUUCUAAUCUAUUAGACUUUGUCAGAGUAACUUUAAUUUUAAAAGUUAACAACAUUUACCUCUAUGCACAAUUAGUUUGAUAAGAUUGAUGAAAACAAUUAGCCAUCUUGUAUUAUUUCUAUUUUGUAUUUAAUAAAAUCAAGUAAAUACAU